GGGCGGCUCCGACCUGCAGAGCAGCGGCUGCAGGUUCCCGGCGGCGCAGGUGGGCCGGGCCGGGCUGGGGCUGGCGGGGCAUGAGCAGCACCCGGGACCCCCUGCGCGGCCCCGCCACCAGCGAGCCCGAGGAGGGCGCGGCCGCGGGGGCCGGCGACAAGCCCGAGACGCGCUCUGUUUGCAGCAGCGAGAGCGGCGGCGGCAGCGGCAGCGGCAGCGGGAGCCACCCCGGCGGCGCCGGCCCCAUUUGCAAGAUCUGCUUCCAGGGCGCCGAGCAGGGAGAACUGUUAAAUCCCUGCCGCUGCGAUGGGUCAGUACGGUACACACAUCAACUUUGCUUACUAAAGUGGAUAAGCGAAAGAGGGUCAUGGACCUGUGAGCUGUGCUGUUACAGAUACCAUGUUAUAGCAAUUAAAAUGAAAAAACCUUGCCAGUGGCAAAGCAUUACUAUAACACUGGUUGAGAAAGUGCAGAUGAUUGCUGUAAUCCUAGGAUCUUUGUUCUUAGUAGCAAGUGUGACUUGGCUUCUGUGGUCAGCCUUCAGCCCCUAUGCAGUAUGGCAAAGAAAGGACAUCCUUUUUCAGAUCUGCUAUGGAAUGUAUGGUUUUAUGGAUCUAGUGUGCAUAGGACUAAUUGUACAUGAAGGUGCAUCUGUUUACAGAGUGUUUAAGCGCUGGAGGGCUGUUAACUUGCACUGGGAUGUGUUAAAUUACGAUAAAGCUACAGACAUAGAAGAGAGCAACCGAGGAGAGUCUUCAGCAGGAAGGACAUUGUGGUUACCACUAACAGCAUUUAGAAACAGAAAUUUAGUGCAUCCAACACAGUUAACUUCUCCAAGAUUUCAGUGCAGCUAUGUAUUGUUACACCUUUUCAGUCGUAUGAGACCUCAUGAGGAUUCCUCAGAAGAUAACAGCUCUGGAGAGGUUGUGAUGAGAGUGACCUCAGUGUAAAAGAUUUAUGCUCACUGUGCUACACAAAAAAGGAUAAUGUGUUCUGGACUCUACAGUACUCUUGAAUGUUGUUGCAAUGAAUGGAAAAACCAUAGCACUAGCAAAAAUAUAUAUAACUUUUUUUUAAAUUUAAUGAUUUUUAUAUGAUCAGUUGAAUUGCAAAUAUAUCUUUCUGAAAAAAAAUUCUCUUUUUAUAUAGUCUGGUUUCAUAAAGCUUUUUGUCAUAUUGUAUUUGAAGUUUAUAAAAAUAUCAUUUAACUCA